UGCUGCUAUAGUGAAGCACUUAUAUGGAAGAAAACAGCUUGGAUUCUAGAGCAAAAUAAAUGUCUGUGUUAUUCAAUGAUGUUGAGAAAUGAGAAUGAUAACUAUUUGUGGUAACGUGUCAGAUCGUACGACUUCUAGAAAAUAGUUUCAUAUUUAUUGGAGAGGAGGUGGUAGCGGAUAAAAUCCUAUUGUCUGCGCAUUGCACAUUCUUAACUAUGGCGAAAAAGUCAACUACGAUACAUCUAUGGACUAUUUUACUUUCUACCAGUGUUGGCAUCAUUUGGGGGAAUCUGGCCAGUGCUGAGCGUCAUGGGAGUCCCUAUGUUUACCGUGUCUCUGGAGGACGUGGCCGUGGCGGGGUCUCCCCCCACAUGCCAGGACGUCAGGGUCGGUCCUCCCAGCCCACUGUAUCCCCCGAGACCUUCAUCGUACCAGCCCAUGCCCCGAGGGUCCACCUCAGCCAGGACCACAUCAGGAAGCUGAGGUUCAAGUCUACGGUGGGUUCGGUGCACCUAUCCGAGGGCCACGAGGCAAAGUUCAACUGCUCCAUCGACAUCCCUGACGCCAACCUGGACCUCACCGUGCUGUGGUGGAAGAACAACAUGGAGCUGGCUGAAAACCUGCAGGUGGUCAUCAACGAACUACAGACUGUCACACACGGGGUCAUGACCCUGCUGUCCACCGUCAGCAUAACUCAUGUCCAGAGAGCUGACUCUGGGGACUACCGCUGUAGACUGAGAGUCAGUGACAUAGAGAUAGAGUCCCAGCCUAUCAUUAUCCAGGUCGAAGGUCUACCAACAUUCACCAGACAGCCUGAUGACAAGAACGUAACUCGUAACAGCCCCUUUAACCUGUCGUGUGAAGCGGUGGGUCCCCCGAAUCCUAUCAGGAUCCACUGGCUACGCAACGGAGUGCGUGUGAUAGGGUACAUGACCUCCUCCCCCAGCAACUACACUGUACCAGGUGUGGACAAGUACACCCAGUUCAGCUGUGAGGCCCACAACCAGAAAGGUGUCACUACUUCCAGGGAAGCUAACGUCAACAUUAAAGUGCUUCCAGCUCCUGUCUCUGAGGUCACAGUGAUACAACGUGAAUCUAACAAACUAGUUCUGAGAUGGACCCCUGGACACGAUGGAUUCUCCCCACUCACUACUUGCCAGAUCAGGGUGAAAGAGGUGAGCCGAAGGAGAGGAGAGGUCAGGCUGGCUAGGAUAAUCAACACUACAGCUCCUCCGUUCCAGAGUGAUGUCCCGGGGUUACAGGCCAUGACCUGGUACAACAUGAGCGUCUCCUGUAGCAACGAGCUUGGCCAUUCACCAGUCAGUACCUGGGUCCAGAGCAACACUACAGAAGGAGUACCGUCAGUCUACCCCCGUAACGUGACUGUUAUGCUAAACGAGUCACUGCUGGUGAUCCGAUGGAAGGACCCGCCCCAGGACAGGGUCAAUGGAAUCCUCACGGGUUAUGAUGUCAUCGUCACGUAUGGGACUCGGGUCAACAAGAUCCGCAGCUCCUCCAACACUGCUGCGGUGGCCCUACAGGAGUUUAACACUACAUACAGUGUUCAGGUAGCUGCCUGUACUCAGACUGGGUGUGGCAUGCUCAGUCCACCGGUCGGGAUCUUCAUACCAGAGAACAAUUGGCCCCUGUCUCCCUCCUCCAGUCCAGACACCAUGGGAUCAGACUCUGUGUAUAUCAUACUGGGGGUGGUAUGUGGCUUCUGUCUCCUGCUGCUAGUACUCUGGGCUGCUAUCUGCAUGAGAAACAGGAUACUAGACACACGCUUUGGUCAGAUGUUUGGAAGUGGAGAGAAGCUUCAACCCAUCGUUCAGUACAGGCCACAGAAGUCAUACAACCGAUCAGCCAUUGAAAUUACACUAGGUAACCUGGGUGUGAGUGAUGAGCUCCAAGCCAAACUACAGGACUUCAUGAUUAUGAGAAAUCUGCUUUCCAUCGGGAAGGUUCUGGGAGAGGGUGAAUUUGGCUCUGUGGUGGAGGGACAUCUGAAACAACUGGACGGAACAUCUGAGAAAGUGGCUGUGAAGACCAUGAAAUUGGAUAACUUCUCCCAGAGGGAGAUAGAGGAGUUCCUGAAUGAGGCUGCCUGCAUGAAGGACUUUGACCACCCUAAUGUCAUCAGGCUGCUAGGUGUUUGUCUGGAGGCGGGGUCUGGUCACUUCCCCAAGCCCAUGGUGAUCCUGCCCUUCAUGAGAUAUGGAGACCUCCAUAGCUUCCUGCUGCGCUCACGCCUCGGAAACAGUCCACUGUUCCUGCCCACUCAGACACUCCUAAAGUUUAUGAUUGACAUCGCCAUGGGGAUGGAAUACCUCAGUGGGCGUAACUUCCUCCACCGUGACUUGGCUGCACGCAACUGCAUGCUGCGUGAUGACAUGACGGUGUGUGUGGCAGACUUCGGCUUGUCUAAGAAGAUCUACAGUGGUGAUUACUACAGACAGGGCAGGAUAGCCAAGAUGCCUGUGAAAUGGAUUGCGGUGGAGAGUCUGGCGGACAGAGUAUUCACUGUGAAGAGUGACGUGUGGGCAUUUGGUGUGACCAUGUGGGAGAUAGCGACACGGGGCAUGACACCGUACCCUGGUAUCCAGAACCAUGAGAUUUAUGAUUACCUACUUUUGGGCCACAGGCUGAAGCAGCCAACAGACUGCUUAGAUGAACUGUACGAGAUCAUGUACAGCUGUUGGCGUGCUGACCUCCUGGACCGCCCCGUCUUCACUCAGGUUAGAGAACUGUUGGAGAAGCUGACAGAGAAACUUCCGGAGGCUACUACCAGCAAAGAGGACAUCAUCUACAUCAACACCAGUUUCCCUGAGGAGGAUCAGCCCGGUGCUUGUGCAGACUCCCACCUGGAUUUGCCGCUUUUUAGCUCCUCCCCGUCCUGCAGUCAUAGAAACGAAUUCAGCCCCUCCCCUUCCUGUAGCGACCAGUUCAGCUCUUCUUCGUCCUGCAGUAACAGUCGCCAGAGACGAGACAACCGAGAUCUGGUAACAGCAGUCAUCCACGUGAAUAUGGAGGAAAAGGAGGAGGAAGAUGAUCGUUACGUUGUUGUCAUCUCUAAUGCCAAUAGGAGUUGGGACCCCGCUGUCACCAUGACAACAGCAGCUGUGGACAGUGACACUCCCCUGUUGGCUCGGGAGGGCUUGGGUGGGGUUUUGGGGGGAGCUACUCGUGACUCAGUGGGUGAUGUCACUGGGAUGGAUCAGCACGCGAGUGACACAAUGCUGUUGCUCUGAUAGGCAUGGAACGUUGGGACUAGAAAUCCAGUCAUCUGAAACCAGACAAAGAAAAGCUCUCCCCCAGCGGUCAUGUCUGAUGAUAAUACACAUCCUUCUUGUCUGCACUCUGGACUGUUGAGGACAUAAUAUAGGUAUUGUAAAGACCCUGCCGUUGAUAAGCAUGAUGACCACUCACCCAAGGGAACUAGCUUUCUUGGAGCAGCGGUAACGUUUCUGGAUCUGGACCCUAUGAUACUGGGUGCAAAUCACGCCUCGGAAUCUCGUGUGCUACUCCCUCAUUUUGUUACAGUUUGAACGUAUGGUACUGUGUGGAUCAUGAGCACAUAGGCCUUCUGCUUGGUGCAGCAUGUUGCAACACUUCCAAGUUGUUUCACCAAGGAUCUGCCCAGUGUCUAUAGCAAUAUAAUCCCUAUUUCUAUGAUCCUGUCUUGUGGCAUUAUUAAAAUAGUGUUAUUACCUUGUCCAUUCCCCAAUGCUUUGCAUUGAAAUAAUUAUGACCAGUUUUCCAGUGGAUGUUUAUACCUCAAAUGGUUACCACUAGCUAUCAGUGUUAAUGCAAGAGAUGUACAUAAGAGACGCUACAUUUGCACAUCUCUCUUAUAGUAUAUUUCCAAUUAAAUAAGCUCUGCUAAAAAUUGAAGUCAGUGUAUCCCUAGCAGAUAUUGAAAGCUGUGAACAAGGCACAAUUACGGCCAACCACUGUUGUAAGUCAGUAGUACACUCCCAUUACAAUCAGAGGCCAUCUAAAGCAUUUAAACUGUACGUAAUUUUAAGAAUUCCUUUUAUAUAUUGAAGAAUUUUUGAAGUGGCAAUGUGUAUAGGAACUUGACAUGAUAUGUGUAUAUAGAGUAUUGUGUACAUAUGAUGUCGAUGGACUGAAAUAAAAAAAGUUAUUUUGUAUCUCGGAGGACCUUGUAUACAGCCUUGAGGUACUCCACCAUGGUUAGGCAGUGGACCCUGGAAUGUCCACAAUAUCUAAUAGUUUAUUUUACAGAUUUUAAUAGAAGUUCAACUUUUGUUAAAUAUAAAUAUAGUCAAUGUUGAUAUUGACUGAAUUGUUAAAGAGACUUGCAGGAUUUUUUUCAUGAUGCAAUAAAUGUUUGCAAAUUAAAAAAA